ACGAGUUCGCAUGAGAAUUGUGCGACUCUUCAUCACGUACUUAUCUAAUAAUAAGUAAUCGCUUGUUUGGGCGGAAAUAUUUCACUCUGUGUAUUAUUGUUAUUGAAAACCAUUUUGUCUGCGAAAAAUGGAGCCGACUUACCGCAAACGAAUAGGCACAACCAAGAAAAUAGACACCGACGACGAAAACUGCGGCCACCAAUACGAAAAAUGGAACGUGCUUAACAUAGUCUUAAACUUGUUAAUAAACACCGAAAUAAAAAACUUCUACAUAUCUCUAAACAACGACGACUUCACCGUCUGCAAUUUCGACGACAUCGUCAUCGAAGUUCACGAAAAUAAUUGUCAAAACACGUACGCGCUCCAACUGAAAUACCGAAACAAAAACGAUUGUCUAUCGGUCGACCAGUUUGGAAGAGCAGAUGGAGAUUACAGCAUAAUCAAACACCUCAGAGCAUUCCAAAACCUAAAAACUCUCGUCAACGGGAUCAUUCUAUACACUAAUCAAAAAAUUCAGAAAAACGAUAAGAGCUCCUUUCAACUCAAGGACACCGAUUUUUGCAUCUCCGUCAACAAGAUAAACAAGAAAGAAUCCAACUAUUUAACGAAGGUGCUAGGUAAACACACACUGUACAAAUUUCGGAUGAUCGUCGACGACAAUCAAGACAUAAUAUCGGUUUUGCCGUACCGAAAAUUCCUCGACAGUUUUUUCCUCCUGACUAAAAAAGAGGAUUUGGACAAACUCAAAAAGUGCGUAAAGAGGAUCUUUUCGGAAAAGUUUUGCGAUAACGACAAGCAGUUUGACGAGUACGCCAAGAUCAUCAUGGAGUGGUACAAAGAAACGGGCAACCAAGUACCCAAACUGUCCAAGAAGUGGAUGCAACUUGCCCUCGCGUUGAACAUCCUUUCGAACAAGAUCCAGGAUCUGGAUUUUAACUAUCGUAGUAAGAUUAUCAGCGAUUUGAGUAAUCCCAGUAUUAGCGAAAAUGAAAGACAAGUCCUUAUUAGUUCGUUGCAGGACUACGAGAAGGACAACAGGAGGGAGAAUUUACGUAAAGCGAUUUCUCUUUUCACUAUUAGCGUUUUCGAGGUUAAUUCGUACUGCAAGCUGAAGCAACUGUGGUACGACGCUAGAAGCAAACUUUCGACUUACGAGUUUAACAAAAUUAUACACCACUAUGGUAUUAAUUCGGAUCAUGUUUCUAAUGUCAGUCAGAUUGAUUCGCGAACUGCGAGUCAGUUGUUGUGGUUGAAAGAAAACGACUGUCCGUUGAUUGUGUUCGAGGAUGAAUCCGUCUACAAAGCGAUUAGUUUGUGCCCUGACAAAAAAUUUGUGUUACUUGGAAAGGGAAGUUUCAACGGAAACUUGAAAAUAUUUAGGAGUUUAGCAGAUGUGACGAUGGAAAAGAGCACCUAUAACGGAAUAACGAACAACUUUUUUUGUUCCAUACAAGGAAAAAAAGAAGUAAGAUUGGCUGAUUUACCAAAGCAGAAAGAUUGGGCGUACUUGAAGGCAAUCAAAACGGACGACUUAUUAAAAAUGGUAGACACUCCAUACUUAAUUGGGGGUACUUUAGAGAAGUUCGCUCAUGCGUAUACCGAAAGAUACCUAUAUCAGGAUUCAGUCAGUCUGGAAUUUUUGAACAAUAAUAGCAGUGACACUUUAAUUAUAGUCGACACGGACGGUGGUGACAUCACACGAUUACGAUCUACACUAAAAAGUCAUACUUUCGUUGACGUUAAAGACAUUUAUUGCGCCAAAUCACCACCUCAAAGAAAUGAUUUUAGCAAAACAGUAUUCUUCAGUGCUACGAAAUGCACUUAUUCGCAAUUUCGCCAAAUUCGCGGCAAAAACAGAGUCACAAAUUGUCACCAAUUCCGAUUAGAAGACAAUCAGUUAAAAUGGAUUCGAAGCAUAGGCGGCCUGGUUGGCGAUUUAAGACGUUAUUUACAAAAAGCAGAUUUCUACGAGACCGAAGAAAAAGCUUUAUGGCUGAAGCCAGAAAACAACGUAAAUAUAAUAAUCGGGGACGCAAAUGCCGGAAAAACACAACUGAUGAAAAAUUUUAAGAAUCAUUGUUUAAAUGAAUUUUGGACGGUUAUUUUUUCUUUCGAAAAAAUUAAGUCAUUUUUAGAGUAUUCAAGGACCAGUGGUGAGAAAACAAGUUUAAGCAAGUUGGAUCGUUUCUUAUUAGAGAACACAUUUGGGUGUUUUAGCAACAGCGACACAAUUUUUUUUGACUUGUUUUUGAAGGAGCACAACGUGAUUUGUGUUUGGGACGGACUCGACAAACUUUUAGACGAAGAGUUAGAAAAGAUCGUCAAGAUAAUAGAUGAUGUUUCUACCAAAAGAGUUCAAUGGAUUACGAGUCGAGGUCGUUUACGGGGGUAUCUGGAAGAUAGAUUUAAAGUUUUUUCGUUAAAACUGCACGACGAUCUCUCGACGUAGUCGUGUUUGUGAAGUCUUACGUGUGUAGUGAUAUAUAGAUGUUCAAAUAUAUGUAUAGUUAAAAAUAA